CAGUUUAGGAUUGACACAGUCCACAGCUCUUUCUCUCGUCUUCCGAAACCUAUACGUAUUUUUCAUCUUUCAAGUUUCAGCCUUUUUAGACAAUUAAACAAAUACAAAGGUUGAAGAAAGAGAGACACUAUGGCUUCCAUGACUUUCUCUGCAACUAUUCCUUCUCUUCUCGAAUUUUCUCAAGCAAAAAAGAACCCAGUUUUGUCUUCACCAUGGCCUCCCAUCAAAUCAUCGUUUGGGUCUUCAAAAUCAGCCUUUUUCCAACAUGGGUUUUCAUUACAGCCGCGUACUCUUCCUGGAUUUGUCUUUAAUUCUAGAUCUUCUGGGAUUUUUGCAAGAGCUGCUACGGAUAAGACCCUAUACGACUAUACCGUAAAGGAUAUUGAUGGGAAUGAUACUCCUCUUAGCAAAUUCAAGGGAAAGGUUCUUUUGAUUGUUAAUGUUGCUUCAAGAUGUGGUUUAACGACAUCAAAUUACUCUGAGCUCUCUCACGUAUAUGAAAAAUACAAGAAUCAAGGAUUUGAGAUUCUAGCUUUCCCUUGCAAUCAAUUCGGGGGACAAGAGCCUGGACCUAAUGAUCAGAUUAAAAAAUUUGCAUGUACUAAGUUUAAAGCUGAAUUCCCGAUAUUCGAUAAGGUUGAUGUGAAUGGACCAAAUACUGCUCCCGUUUACCAGUUUCUGAAGUCGAGUGCUGGUGGAUUUUUCGGUGACUUGAUCAAGUGGAACUUUGAAAAGUUCUUGGUGGACAAAAAUGGCAAAGUUGUCGAGAGGUAUCCACCAACGACAUCACCUUUCCAAAUCGAGAAGGACAUCCAGAAACUCCUUGCAGCAUGAAAAUCUCGAGGCCACAGCAUUAACACAGUUCGUUUUUGCUCAUGGUAAAAAUAAGUAGAUAAAUAAUAGUAUAUAAUACAUGUAGAUUUCAGAGAAGAUGGAAUUGCACAUUCUGCUAUGUCUGAUACGUGCGUUUUGUUUCUCUAUUCCAUGUUCA